AUGGACGACCAGGACGCCAGCUGCGGGAAGUCCGAGCAGGACGACUGGGACCACCAGUGCAGCGGACGAUGCCCGUCCUGGCUCCUGGCCACAGUCAAGUUAACCUCCCCUCCCCCCACCUUAACAAGCCAGCACACCGACACGGAGGAGCACACUUGUGUCUCAGUGAUCCAGGAUGAGUUUUAUCGAAUAACAAUGGUUCAUCUUGAAUCAAAGUUCAUGUCCAAGCUGGACGAAUUUACGCAUCAACUAUUAAAACUCUUCCAUACCAAGGGCGGAAGCAUGGGGCUGCAGUUGCAGGCUAUCUUACUCAAGACUCCAAGCAACCCAAAUAUCCACAUGAAGAGAGAGAUCGUCAUUAGAUGUUCGAUGAAGUUCCUCGGGGAAUCGUCAGAGCAACUCUUAAGAGAGUACGAUGAUGCUGAUGAGGACCGAAUACUCCAAGAUCUUGCACUUCAAACAUUGAAGAUCUACAUCAAACCGAACCCAUCAGAGGCACCAGACAUCGGUAUUGUGGUGGAGGGCGUCAAAGUGCUGACUGGUCUGGAAAAUCUUCCGAGGGCUUGCUCCCUUCUGAUAUUCACGGCCAAGAUGCAGCCCACGGAGCAAGAUGAGAAGAAGAAAAAUGGCCACAGCGACAUCCAUGGCCCUGUGGCCGGUGUCUACCUGGAGAAGUCCAAGCAGAAGAUCAGCAUAUAUGAAGCCAUGAAGAAACGUCUGAUUAAACCCGGUACAGCGUUAGCCUUGCUAGAAGCACAGGCUGCCACGGUUGGCAUCAUUGACCCUGUGAAAAUCCAAAUACUUCCAGUCACAGAAGCCGUCAAGGAGGAACUCAUUGGGCCCGAGUUAAGGGAGAAACUCCUCUUUGCAGAGAAGGCUGUCACUGGUUUUGUGGACCCUUAUACCAACCAAACCAUUUCUGUUUUCCAGGCCAUGCAAAAAGACCUAGUGCCCAGAGAUUAUGGUUUAAGACUACUUCAAGCGCAAAUUGCCACGCACGGCGUGUUUGAUCCAGUUGAGAAGACAAAUCUUCCAGUUGAAUUAGCCAUCCAGAAAGGAUACUACAUCAAAGAUCUGCUGGAUGACCAGAUGUCAGAGUUAAAGGUGUUCUAUGAUGCCAGCACCCAAGAGCAUGUUAAUUAUCAAACUCUGGUGGAGAAGUGUAUCAUGGAACCUGAUACAGGCCUGCUUCUUCUCCCCAUCUACAUCACAUUCAAGGGGCUGAGGCGAGGCAUUUCAUCUGCGGAACUCUUUGAGUCCAAGAUCAUUGACAAAGAAAUGUAUGAUAACCUGCAGAAGGGGAAGACCACAACCCAGAAUGUCAUGCUGAAUGAGAAGGUGAAGGAAUACCUUCAGGGCAAGGGGAGCAUUGCGGGCAUUGCAAUACUCUCAACCAAUCAAAGACUGAGUAUCUAUGAAGCUAUGAAGCACAGAAUAUUGAUGCCUGGGACAGCGUUAGUUCUACUAGAGGCGCAAGCCGCAACUGGAUACAUGAUAGAUCCCGUAGAAAACAAAAAGUUUACUGUAGACGAGGCUGUAAAAAACAAGCUUAUUGGCCCGGAAUAUUACGCUAAGUUGCGCUCCGCUGAACGAGCAGUAACAGGUUACAAAGACCCAUAUUACGGAAACACAAUCUCUCUGUUCCAAGCCAUGCAAAAAGACCUCAUCCUGAAGGAUCACGGUAUAAGACUCCUGGAGGCACAAAUUGCAACUGGAGGCAUCAUCGACCCGGUAAACAGCCAUCGCAUUCCUGUCCAAGUGGCCUACAAGCGCGGGUACUUCAAUCUAGAGAUGAAUGAAAUCCUGAGUGAUCCUAGUGAUGACACUAAAGGAUUUUUUGACCCCAACACUCACGAGAACCUCACUUACUUGCAAUUAAUGGCUAGAUGCGUCACGGACCACAGUACAGGACUCUGCCUCCUGCCACUCAAAGGCAAAAGUCACAAAGUCAACAUAGAUGACACCAUGAAGGAACUGUUCAGAACAACAGUUGUUUCGGUGCGGUAUGGCCGUUUCAAGGGUAGGCAUACGACUCUAUGGGAUCUCAUCAAUUCAGAGUAUCUGUCUGAGGAUAAACGACAGGAGUUUUUCAAACUGUUUAAGUCAAGAAGAAUCACAAUUGAGGAAAUCAUUGAGUCAAUCAUAGUCAUCGUUGAGAGCAAGGAGCUAAAACAGCAAGCAGACUUGAGCUUCAAAGGCCUCAGAGGUGAGGUUUCCGUCGUAGAUCUAUUGGAGCUUGAAAUAGUGGAUGAAAAAACCUAUAACGACUUGAUUGAUGGAACGUUAAGGAGAACCGACGUGUUGCAAAUGGAUAACGUGAGGGCCUACUUACAAGGCAAAAGCUGUGUUGCUGGGGUGAUACUACAGCCCUCCAACCAGAAGUUGAGCAUCUAUGAUGCACAAAAAAAUACCAUCCUAACACCUGGCACGGCUCUUUGCCUCUUAGAAGCACAGGCAGCUACAGGAUUUAUUGUCGAUCCACUAGCAAACAAAAAGUACACUGUGGAACAAGCGCUUCGGGAAAAGUUAAUUGGUCCUCAGAUGUAUGAAAAGCUUCUGUCUGCUGAAAGGGCUGUCACUGGUUACACUGAUCCAUAUACUGGCAAAAAAAUCUCUCUUUUCCAAGCCUUGAAAAAGGAUCUAAUUGUGAAGGAGCAUGGCAUUCGUUUACUAGAGGCCCAGAUUGCAACAGGUGGCAUCAUUGAUCCCUUGAAGUGUCUUCACUUACCUAUUGACGUUGCCUACAGGAAAGGAUAUUUUGACGAGGAACUGAAUCAAAUUCUCCUGGACCCAAAUGACGACACAAAAGGUUUUUUUGACCCUACAACCAAAGAGAAUCUGACAUAUAUGGAAAUGUUGGGUAGGUGUAUAAAAGAUAAAGAAACAGGACUGUUCCUCCUACCAAUGAACGUCACACCAAAAGCCACAAAACCACACGUGAGGCUGCACACUGACAGUGAGAUAAAACAAGAGUUUGAAGAGACACUGGUGACCAUAUCAGUCGGACGCUACGCGGGAAAAUCUAUUUCUCUGUGGGAUUUGAUCCACUCCAGCUACUUCACUGAAGACCAGUGGGAGCAGCUUAUACAACAAUACAAGACCGGUGCCAUUACAAUUCAAGAGAUCAUUGAAAUACUCACAGUCAUCAUUACAGAGGUGUCGUCAAAAGAAAGAAAGUUCAAGGGACUGAGGAAGCAGGUCUCAGCAAGUCAGCUGUUUGAGUCAAAGAUUAUCUCAAAAGAGCUUUUCACACAAAUUAUACAAGGGGAAGUGACUGUAGACAAUGUAAACAAAAUGGAAUCUGUACAGAAGUAUCUUGGGGCGACAAACUGCAUUGCAGGUGUCAGAGUUGAGUCUACAAAGAAGGUCAUGAGCAUCUAUGAUGCAAAGUCCAGAGGGCUGCUGACUCCUGGAACAUCGCUUGUUCUCCUCGAGGCCCAAGCUGCCACUGGCUUUGUUAUUGACCCAGUCAACAACAAGAAACUUUCAGUCGAAGAAGCUGUAGCUCAGGAAGUGGUCGGCAGCGAGUUGAAGAAGAAGCUGCUCUCAGCAGAACGAGCUGUCACAGGAUACAUAGAUCCCUACACUGGUGAGACAAUUUCCUUAUUCCAGGCCUUGAUUAAAGAUCUCAUUGUUAAAGAUCAUGGAAUUCGUCUUCUUGAAGCUCAAAUUGCCACAGGAGGCAUAAUUGAUCCAGUAUACAGUCACAGAGUGCCUGUGCAGGUGGCUUACCAAAGGGGUUACUUUGAUGAGGAAAUGAACCAGAUACUUUCUGACCCAGAUGAUGACACCAAGGGCUUUUUUGAUCCGAAUACACAUGAAAACCUCACCUAUCUUCAACUGAUAGAAAGGUGUGUGGUUGACCCAAACACAGGCCUUACUUUACUAUCAAUUGUGAAGAAAGGAGAGUUCUACUUCUAUGUUGACGAGACCACAAAAAUCAUCCUGAAAUCAAAAACGACGACCAGAGCAGGUGGCAAAUAUCACGGAACUACAGUGUCCUUGUGGGAUCUUCUCUAUUCUAGGUACAUCUCUGAAGAAAAGAGACGAGAGCUCGUGCAACAGUACAAGUCCGGAGCUCUCACAAUUGAACACUUUUUGGAGAUCGUUCUGAUGAUUAUUGAGCAGCAGUAGAGCGAAAGCUUUCAUGGUAUUAGGAAGGACGUCAGUGCUACAGAGUUGCUUGAAUCCAAAAUCAUCAAUGAAGACCUCUACAAAGAUCUCAGUGCAGGAACAAUCACUGUUAAGGAAGUGAGUGAAAUGGACUCAGUCCGCAGAUAUCUAGAAGGGACGAACUGUAUUGCUGGAGUGUAUCUGCAGUCAACCAAGGAGACCCUGAGCAUCUACGAAGCAAAGUCCAGAGGCCUGUUGACUCCUGGCACAUCUCUAGUUCUCCUUGAGGCCCAAGCUGCCACUGGCUUUGUUAUCGACCCAGUCAACAACAGGAAACUUUCAGUAGAGGAAGCUGUUGCUCAGAGAGUGGUCGGCAGCGAGUGGCACAAAAAGCUGCUCUCAGCAGAACGAGCAGUCACCGGAUACAGAGACCCUUAUACUGAGAAAACAAUAUCUCUAUUCCAGGCCCUGAACAAAGACCUGAUCGUCAAAGAUCAUGGAAUUCGUCUUCUAGAAGCUCAAAUUGCUACAGGAGGCAUAAUCGACCCGGUAUACAGUCACAGAGUUCCUGUGCAAGUGGCUUACGAAAGAGGCUACUUUGAUGAGGAAAUGAAUCAGAUUCUAUCUGACCCAGAUGAUGACACCAAGGGCUUUUUUGAUCCGAACACACAAGAGAAUCUCACUUACCUCCAGCUGGUCGAGAGGUGCGUCACAGAUCCCAUCACUGGACUAAGUUUAUUAGUGAUUGUGAAAAAAGGAGACUUUCAUGGUAUUAGGAAGGACGUCAGUGCUACAGAGUUGCUUGAAUCCAAAAUCAUAAAUGAAGACCUCUACAAAGAUCUCAGUGCAGGAACAAUCACUGUGAAGGAAGUGAGUGAAAUGGACUCAGUCCGCAGAUAUCUAGAAGGGACGAACUGUAUUGCUGGAGUGUAUCUGCAGUCAACCAAGGAGACCCUGAGCAUCUACGAAGCAAAGUCCAGAGGCCUGUUGACUCCUGGCACAUCUCUAGUUCUACUUGAGGCCCAAGCUGCCACUGGCUUUGUUAUCGACCCAGUCAACAACAGGAAACUUUCAGUAGAAGAAGCUGUUGCUCAGAGAGUGGUCGGCAGCGAGUGGCACAAAAAGCUGCUCUCAGCAGAACGAGCAGUCACCGGAUACAGAGACCCUUAUACUGAGAAAACAAUAUCCCUAUUCCAGGCCCUGAACAAAGACCUGAUCGUCAAAGAUCAUGGAAUUCGUCUUCUAGAGGCUCAAAUUGCAACAGGAGGCAUAAUCGACCCGGUAUACAGUCACAGAGUUCCUGUGCAAGUGGCUUACGAAAGAGGCUACUUUGAUGAGGAAAUGAAUCAGAUUCUGUCUGACCCAGAUGAUGAUACCAAGGGCUUUUUUGAUCCGAACACACAAGAGAAUCUCACUUACCUCCAGUUGGUCGAGAGGUGCAUCACAGAUCCCAUCACUGGACUAAGUUUAUUAGUGAUUGUGAAAAAAGGAGAGUUCUACUUCUUUGUUGACGAGGCCACAAAAAUCAUCCUGAAAUCAAAGACGACAAACAGAGCAGGUGGCAAGUACCACGGAACUACAGUGUCCUUGUGGGAUCUUCUCUAUUCUAAGUACAUCUCUGAAGAGAAGAGGCGGGAGCUUGUGCAACAGUACAAGUCCGGAGCUCUCACAAUUGAACGCUUUUUGGAGAUCAUUCUGAUGAUUAUUCAGGAGCAGUGCAACAGCACGAAUUCAACAACAGUCAUCACAAGUCAAACGCCAGAAACAAAUGUUGACAGCAGCACCACAAAGACCACCACCACCACCGUCACAGAGACCGAAAACUUUCAUGGUAUUAGGAAGGACGUCAGUGCUACAGAGUUGCUUGAAUCCAAAAUCAUCAAUGAAGACCUCUACAAAGAUCUCAGUGCAGGAACAAUCACUGUGAAGGAAGUGAGUGAAAUGGACUCAGUCCGCAGAUAUCUAGAAGGGACGAACUGUAUUGCUGGAGUGUAUCUGCAGUCAACCAAGGAGACCCUGAGCAUCUACGAAGCAAAGUCCAGAGGCCUGUUGACUCCUGGCACAUCUCUAGUUCUCCUUGAGGCCCAAGCUGCCACUGGCUUUGUUAUCGACCCAGUCAACAACAGGAAACUUUCAGUAGAAGAAGCUGUUGCUCAGAGAGUGGUUGGCAGCGAGUGGCACAAAAAGCUGCUCUCAGCAGAAAGAGCAGUCACCGGAUACAGAGACCCUUAUACUGAGAAAACAAUAUCCCUAUUCCAGGCCCUGAACAAAGACCUGAUCGUCAAAGAUCAUGGAAUUCGUCUUCUAGAAGCUCAAAUUGCAACAGGAGGCAUAAUCGACCCGGUAUACAGUCACAGAGUUCCUGUGCAAGUGGCUUACGAAAGAGGCUACUUUGAUGAGGAAAUGAAUCAGAUUCUGUCUGACCCAGAUGAUGAUACCAAGGGCUUUUUUGAUCCGAACACACAAGAGAAUCUCACUUACCUCCAGUUGGUUGAGAGGUGCAUCACAGAUCCCAUCACUGGACUAAGUUUAUUAGUGAUUGUGAAAAAAGGAGAGUUCUACUUCUUUGUUGACGAGGCCACAAAAAUCAUCCUGAAAUCAAAGACGACAAACAGAGCAGGUGGCAAGUACCACGGAACUACAGUGUCCUUGUGGGAUCUUCUCUAUUCUAAGUACAUCUCUGAAGAGAAGAGGCGGGAGCUCGUGCAACAGUACAAGUCCGGAACUCUCACAAUUGAACGCUUUUUGGAGAUCAUUCUGAUGAUUAUUCAGGAGCAGUGCAACAGCACGAAUUCAACAACAGUCAUCAUAAGUCAAACGCCAGAAACAAAUGUUGACAGCAGCACCACAAAGAUCACCAUCACCACCACCACCGUCACAGAGACCGAAAGCUUUCAUGGUAUUAGGAAGGACGUCAGUGCUACAGAGUUGCUUGAAUCCAAAAUCAUCAAUGAAGACCUCUACAAAGAUCUCAGUGCAGGAACAAUCACUGUGAAGGAAGUGAGUGAAAUGGACUCAGUCCGCAGAUAUCUAGAAGGGACGAACUGUAUUGCUGGAGUGUAUCUGCAGUCAACCAAGGAGACCCUGAGCAUCUACGAAGCAAAGUCCAGAGGCCUGUUGACUCCUGGCACAUCUCUAGUUCUCCUUGAGGCCCAAGCUGCCACUGGCUUUGUUAUCGACCCAGUCAACAACAGGAAACUUUCAGUAGAAGAAGCUGUUGCUCAGAGAGUGGUUGGCAGCGAGUGGCACAAAAAGCUGCUCUCAGCAGAACGAGCAGUCACCGGAUACAGAGACCCUUAUACUGAGAAAACAAUAUCCCUAUUCCAGGCCCUGAACAAAGACCUGAUCGUCAAAGAUCAUGGAAUUCGUCUUCUAGAAGCUCAAAUUGCAACUGGAGGCAUAAUCGACCCGAUAUACAGUCACAGAGUUCCUGUGCAAGUGGCUUACGAAAGAGGCUACUUUGAUGAGGAAUUGAAUCAGAUUCUGUCCGAUUCAGAUGAUGACACUAAGGGAUUUUUUGAUCCCAACACACAGGAGAACCUUACCUAUCUUCAGCUGCUGGAGAAGUGUGUGACAGAUCCCAUCACUGGACUAAGUUUACUCCCUUUGAUCAAAUACUGA